GUGAAGGAAAUAGGGGCAAGAUGAGACCAUGAGGGGCAGUUUCAGACGAGGGAAUCGGGUGAGUGUGAGAGUUUGGGUGUGGACAGCCAGGGUCCACUGUCCGGCACAGGUGAGGGACAUAGGCUGGCGGGUGUGUCCCUGUCCACCACUGGGAAGCUCCGGGGUCCGCGGGGUGCGGUCCAGCCAGGCGCCUGCAGGGCGAGGGAUGCUGCCCCGCCCCAGGAGGGCGGGCCCGGGCAAAAGUGUACUAGAAGCCGCCGAGCCACCGCCCUGCUCUAACAGCUAGCGGAGCGGCAGGAGGAGCACUAACCAGGAAAAUGGCAGACGGCUUCUCGCUUAAUGAUGCCUUAGCUGGCUCUGGAAACCCAAACCCUCAAGGAUGGCCUGGUGCAUGGGGGAACCAGCCUGGGGCAGGAGGCUACCCAGGGGCCUCCUAUCCUGGGGCCUACCCAGGACAGGCUGCUCCAGGGGGCUAUCCUGGACAGGCUCCUCCUAGUGCCUACCCGGGCCCAACUGGCCCUAGUGCUUAUCCUGGCCCAACUGCCCCUGGAGCUUAUCCUGGCCCAACUGCCCCCGGAGCCUUCCCAGGGCAACCUGGGGGACCUGGAGCCUACCCCAGUGCUCCUGGGGCCUAUCCUGCUACUGGCCCCUAUGGUGCCCCCACUGGACCACUGACAGUGCCCUACGAUAUGCCCUUGCCCGGAGGAGUCAUGCCUCGCAUGCUGAUCACAAUCAUGGGCACAGUGAAGCCCAACGCAAACAGUAUCACUCUGAAUUUCAAGAGAGGGAACGACAUCGCCUUCCACUUUAACCCCCGCUUCAAUGAGAACAACAGAAGAGUCAUCGUGUGCAACACGAAGCAGGACAAUAACUGGGGAAGGGAAGAAAGACAGUCAGCUUUCCCCUUUGAGAGCGGCAAACCAUUCAAAAUACAGGUCCUGGUUGAAGCCGACCACUUCAAGGUUGCGGUCAAUGAUGUUCAUCUGUUGCAGUACAACCAUCGGAUGAAGAACCUCAGGGAAAUCAGCCAACUGGGGAUCAUUGGUGACAUAACCCUCACCAGCGCUUCCCACGCCAUGAUCUAAGCCAGAAGGGGUGGGCCGGCACUGGAACCGCCCUGUGUGUGUUAUGAGCGGGAAACUUUGCAUUUCUCUCUCCUUAUACUUCUUGUAAGACAUCCAUUUAAUAAAGUCUCGUGCUGAGAGAUA